AAGAGACAGAGGACGUGUGAGAAGACAAGAUGGAGCGCUGGAACAGAUGAAGACUGUCACUGGUCCCAUCCGGCGGUCCACAUGAGCGUAUCGAAACCUCCUCCACCCCACUCCCACUUCGCCCCCCCACCCGACUCUUCCACCUCCUCCCAUCUCUCCAUCCCUCCUUCCUCCUCCACCCCAUCCUCCCCCGCACCUUCUCGUGCCACCUCCUCUGCUCCCAGAUCUCUCCCUCCGCCCUCUCCGGUCAAGAUCUCCAUGCAGGAGCACUUUGCUAUCAACGUGUGUCCCGGGCCCAUCAUGCCUAUCCCGCAGAUCUCUGACUUCUUCCCGCGCUUCCACGACUUUCCCAUGACGCCGCCCCCGCCCCGGGAGAAGAAGAUCCUGAAGGAACCGGAUUUCGGAUUGAACAAUGGAGGGGAGACGGACGGAGAGAAUAAGGAGAAGGAGAGGAAACCCAUCGAGGUGGACCGGGGGGAAAGGCAAGAAGGGGCGGAUUCGGACGACGAUGAUGAUGAAACUUAUUUGGGCACCCUGGAGUUCACCCUGCUCUUUGAUCACGAGAACAACUGUCUACACUGUACAAUCCACAAGGCCAAGGGACUAAAGGCCAUGGACUCCAACGGACUGGCCGAUCCAUACGUCAAGCUCCACCUCCUGCCUGGAGCAAGCAAGGCGAACAAGCUCCGCACCAAAACACUGAAGAACACUCUGAACCCGGUGUGGAGCGAGACGCUGAUGUACCACGGCAUCACCGCUAUCGACAUGACCACCAAAACCCUCAGGCUGUGUGUGUGCGACAUGGACAGGCUCGGUCGUAACGAGUUUAUCGGAGAGGUCCGUGUCGCCUUGAAGAAACUGAGCAAGGGCGAGAGCAAAAGAUUCAAAAUGGGUCUGGAGAGAAUCACACAGAACAAAGACAUCAACAAAGAAACCGUGGAGCAAGGGACACCUGUGGCUGAGGAAGAGCGUGGUCGUAUCCUGGUGUCGCUGUGCUACAGUCCAGAAAAGAGCUGUCUACUGGUUGGCAUCGUACGCUGUGCCCACCUCGCUGCUAUGGACUCCAAUGGGUACUCUGACCCCUUCGUCAAGAUUGUGCUGCAGCCUGAUAUGGGGAAAAAGUCCAAGUACAAAACCACAGUGAAGAAGAAAACUCUCAAUCCCGAGUUUAAUGAGGAGUUUGUGUAUGAAGUUCCACACGACCAGCUGGCGAAGAAAACCCUAGAGAUCUCCGUAUGGGACUACGAUCUGGGGAUGAGCAACGACUUCAUAGGCGGAGUUGAACUGGGCAUAAAUGCCAAGGGAGUGAGGCUGAAACAUUGGUUUGAGUGUCUCAAACACAUCGGCAAGAAAGUUGAGUACUGGCACACCCUCACGCAGCAAGGAGCCCCUCCGGAGGCCCCCCCGCAGUGACUGAC